AUGACUGAACUCUCACAAGAACGUCUUAUACAUCCUGCAAUUCCAAGAUUUGAUGGGUUUUAUGAUCAUUGGUCCAUGCUAAUGGAAAAUUUGUUGCAAUCAAAGAAGUGUUUGGGACUUAUCGAAAAUGGCAUCAUGGUCGAUCUUGGAGAUCAUUCUUAUGCGGGAUACAACACAAGAUAUUUAGGAUGCUAUGUGUCGCAAAUAUCAGAGUUCUUCCGCAAGGUCAAGAGAACACACCUUCAGACACUAAGAAAAGAAUUUGAGGAUCUUGCAAUGGGAGAAAAGGAAACUGUUGACGAGUACUUUGCAAGAACACUCGCUAUUGCCAAUAUGAUGAAUGCACAUGGAGAAAAAUUGGAGCAUGUUGCAGUUGUGGAGAAGAUAUUAAGAUAUAUGUUAGUAACAUUCAACUAUGUCGUGUGCUCCAUUGAAGAGUUCAAUGAUGUGACUACAAUUUCCAUUUAUGAGUUGCAAUGCAGCUUACUUGUGCACGAGGAGAUGAUGAAAGGUCACAAAGAAUUCAUGGAAGAGCAAGCACUAAAAGUGUUCAAUGUAGGAAGAGGUAGAGAAAGAUCAUGGGGCAGAGGACGUAUUGGAGGCAGACAAAGUAAAGAGUAUGUAGAAUGUUAUAACUCUCACAAACUAGGUCAUUAUCAGAGUGAGUUUCCUAGCUGGGAAGAAAGUGUGAGUUAA